UAACAAUCGCGUGACUUUAGCUGGCAGAGCACAGUCACACCUAAGCGGGAGUUCAAAGUGAAAUAACAGGACUAUGUUUACGAAUUGUUGUGGCCGCUUUGAGACCGCCUGACAUGCAACAACAGCAAAUUCGCAACAAUGUUCACGAGUACAAAGGUGCACCGCAAUGAGCUGCCAUAAUAAUAACAUUCUCAAUAACAUCAACAAAGAGCUGGCAUAGUUAAGCUCGUGUGGCACAUCCAGUCCGGGGCAGGACAUGACAGCGAAUCAAUUGAAUUCAAUCAAAUUGCCACAAACAAGUCUAAAGGGAGACAGAGCAGGAGCAGGAGCAGGAGCAGCAGACGGAGACGGAGACGAAGACAUAAACAACAUCAAAUAGAUAGUAAAACCGUCAGGAGGGCGGCACAUUAAUGUAGCUACAAAAUGGGCGCCAGCUCGUCGACCAGAUCCGACACAAGUCUGCACCAGGAUGAUGAUGUUAAUUUCGAUCAUUUUCAAAUCCUGCGCGCCAUUGGCAAGGGCAGCUUUGGCAAGGUGUGCAUUGUACAGAAACGGGAUAGCGGCAUCCUUUAUGCCAUGAAAUAUGUUAGCCGCUCAGUAUGUGAAUCUCGCGGCGCUUUGGGCGGUGUGAUCAAGGAGGUGGAGCUGCUGUCCUCAUUGGAGCAUCCAUUUCUAGUGAAUUUAUGGUUCUCUUUUCAGGAUGAGGAGGAUUUAUUCAUGGUCUGCGACCUGUUGACGGGCGGUGAUUUAAGAUACCAUUUACAAAACCGAGUGGAAUUCUCCGAGCAGAGUGUGGCCUUAUUAGUGUGCGAGCUGGGCAGUGCCCUGGAGUACCUACAAACACAGCGUGUGAUCCAUAGGGACAUUAAGCCUGAUAAUAUUCUAUUAGAUGAUGCAGGACACGCUCAUUUGACUGAUUUUAAUAUUGCAACGCGGUUGCAAAAGGACUCCCUCGCCUGCAGCAUGUCUGGUACGAAGCCAUAUAUGGCGCCAGAGGUCUUUAUGUGCGCCUUGGAAGAAGUUGCUGGAUAUAGCUAUCCAGUGGAUUGGUGGUCCCUGGGUGUUGUGGCCUACGAGAUGAGGUCGAACACACGGCCAUUUGUCCUGCACUCGCACACGCCGCUGGUGGAGAUUAAGAACGUGCUGAACACCUCGGUGCACUAUCCGCAUUACUGGAGCCACGAAUUUAUAGAUCUUUUGCAAAAGCUGCUCUGCGUGCAUCCUGGCGCGCGGAUAAGCUCACAACAGGAGCUACAUCAGACGCCGCUGUUGCGGCCUACGGAUUUCCAGCAGGUGCUUGAGAAGAGUAUAAAGCCCGCAUUUAAGCCACCCGAAGAUCAUCUUAAUUGCGAUCCCUGCUUAGAGCUGGAGGAAAUGAUUGUCGAGACGCGACCACUGCACAAAAAGAAGAAGCGCCUGGCCAAACAGCGUUCUGCGCAACGGGACAGCGAUCCCGAAACCGCGCUCGUCAAGGAGUUCAUAGUGUACAAUCGCUUCAAGGAGCUCAAGCGCAAGGCCAUGGAGAAAAAGGAGAGUGACUGGCAGCGCGAACUGGAGCUGGCCAUGGCCAAUUCAAUAGUGAACAGCCUAGCGCCCAUAAAGGAGAAGCCAACAUCGUCCCUUACCACAACAGUUGCGCCCACAGCUACUGCUUUAAAUGUUUGUGCACGAUGCACAAGCUCUCCCCCCGCACAAACCAAGGAUAGUGAUAGUAUUGAAUUUAUAGACCGCACACCGUCUCCACAGGCGGCUCAGAUGACGCCAACGCCGCGCAGAUUCUGUUGCAAAGCGACGAGCACUGUACGGGAAUAAAGACCCAAAUUCGAUAUUUGAUCUCCAAUGCACAAACUAGUCCUACUUAAUGCCGCAAGGUUUCUUGGCCAACACUCACGUAUAGCUUGAAUAGCAAAAGGAAAAAGCCUGCUGUCAAUCCAAAAGAUACAAAAAUUAAUACAUAUACAUCUGAGCUACCAAAAACCUUCUACAAGGAUUUAAACAAAUAUUUUUCGAGCAAAGAAAACCUUAUAUAGUACUUUGUAAUCCACAUGAAACUAACACCAACGCCGGUUUGCACCUUUGUAUGUACAUAUUAUAGUAUUUUAUAAGUAUUGCGAUCGCCUGGCUCCAACUGUACAUUUGAUGUAAUGUAUUUCGAUAUUGAUGUACCUAUUUUUUAGAUGUUAGCCGAAAAUCAAAAUAAAUGGUAAUGUCCUCUAGACAAGCGUUAAGAAUCUUCA